AUGCAGACGCAGAUUGUUCUGUCCCUGGACGUGCAGCUCAACACUGACCUCAUCGCCAAGCAGGCGUCCUGCCAGGCGGUCAACGGCAAUUUCCUGUGCAACCUGGCUGCCGCCCUGGACCAGGACAUCAAGGCUGGGGACAGCAGCAUCACCAGCGGUGCCUACGCGGCCUAG